AUGGAGUCGUCCAAUGUCUUUGUUAGAUGGCGACCACUCCCCCCUACGCAGCUGAACACGCCAGAAAUCAACCCAGUGCACGAGAAGCACCGCGGCUCUCGCGUAUCCAUCUCCAUCUCCACCUCCCCGCCCUCGCCAGCGAAUCGCGCCUGGAAAAGCGGUCCCGUAUUCACUCAAGUCUUCGAACCCACGGACGGCAACAAGGCCGUGUUCAACACCGUCGUGGCCCCUAUCCUCCCUCAAGUCCUAAACGGGGACUCCUGCAGCUUCUUCGCCUAUGGACACUCCGGGAGCGGGAAGUCGCAUACAAUACUUGGGUAUGAUUUUGAGGAGCCCGAAGAUUUCGGGCUAUGUCUUGCUGCUGCGAGGUAUCUUGGUGAGGAACUCAAGGAUUCCAAUAAUGCAAGCCACGGAGGUUCCGCUAGUUUAGAGCUGGGAAUUGGGUUGCGCAUGUACGAGCUGCGUGGAAAUACGGCAUUCGAUCUACUGAAUAACCACUGCAAGUGCUAUAUCCGGCAGGGGUAUGAUGGUCAGACACAUAUCCGCGGUGAGACCGAGGUUCUUGACGGGGGACGCGUUAGGGUCCGGCCGAUUGUGACGAAGGGGUGUUGGAGCUUUGAUGAUUUUCGACGCGGAGUAUUGCGUGGUCUGGAGCUGAGAGCCAGCGGAAGGUCAACUGUUCAUGACGAGAGUUCGCGUACGCAUGCGGUUCUGGAGCUUGAGAUUGUGAAUAGGGCGUUGCUUGAGGCGAGGGAGGCGGUGGUUGAGCGGGAGUCGGAGUUGGUUCCUGUUGCGAAGCGGGCGACGGAUAUUUAUAUCGAAGAGCAGAUGAAGGGGUUUGUGAAGACUGAUGAUGGGAAGUUUGUUCUGAAUCCGGAGUAUAAGAUUGACCAGGGACGGAUUGAUGACGCGGAAGAGAAGAAAGCCGAGUUCGAGAAGCGUGUCAGGGAUGCAGAGGAGCAUAUUGGUCAUGUUUUCCGCUCCUCUGGCCAGAUAUGCCUUGGGGGGAAGUUGGUAUUCGUUGACUUGGCUGGAGCCGAGUAUUAUCAUGGUAGCUCGCUGUCUACACAUGGUUCACGACCUCUGCCCAGUCCGCAGGAGCAGAAGGAGGGCCGGCAGAUCAAUACCGACCUUCUCGCUCUGAAAGAAGUUAUCCGCGCGAGGGCCUCGAAGAAGCCUCGUAUUCCAUAUCGGUCAUCGCCUCUGACGAUGGUCCUGCGUGGCCAUUUCGAGGCGCGUGGUUGCAAGGGAAGCUAUUCCGCGGUGAUUCUGACAGCCUCACCGGCAGCAGACCAGUAUGCCGCUACUGCAAAUACGUUGAAGUAUGGAAACCUGGUUGGUAUGGCUGGGGUAGAAGAAACAGACCGUACGGUGUGA